GUGACAGACCUCAACGAAGCAAUUAUUCAGAUGGAGAGGGCAAUAGAAAAGUGCCUCCUGGCCAAUCCGAUUCGCGUGGAUAUGCUAAGAAGCUUGAGCCUCAUGUUGUUCGCGAGAUUUAAGAGGCUCGGUGACAUGAAUGAUUUGGAAUUGGCUGUAGGCAUGGAUGAAGAAAUAGUCAGAGGGACUUCUCCCCGCAAUCCCAAUCACAUCGAUGUGCUUGGGGACCUGGGGAGAAUGUUUAUGAGAAGAUUUGAACAAAUAGGAGACAUAGAGGACCUGCAAAAAGCGAUCGGGCACGGCGAAGAGGCAUUAGCGGCGACCCCCCAAGAUGACCCCGGUCGAGCGGUCAGACACCUCAACUUGGGAGCAAUUUUGUUGACGAGAUUUGGGCGGAUAGGAGACCUUUGCGACCUGCAGAAAUCCAUAGAGCACAGCGAAGCCCCACUAGCUGCUGCGCCUCGGGAUUCCCCCCAUCUAGCGAAUGUACAGAGUAAUCUGGGAACAGGGUUCACAAGAAGGUUUGAGCGGAUAGGAGAAAUUAGGGACCUCGAGAAGGCCAUUGAGUACAGCCGCGAUGCACUAGCUUCGACCCCUCCGGAUCACCCCCACCGAACAGGGAUGCAUAACAACCUAGGAGCCAGUCUCGCUACGAGGUUUCGGCGUAUCGGGGAGCUCGAGGAUCUUCAAAAUGCCAUCAAACAUUGCGAGCACGCUCUAGCUACCACACCUCACGAUCACCCCGAUCGACUCAGCGGACAGACUAACCCGGGGACCUUUUUAUCUCUCAGAUUUGAGCAUAUGGGAGAACUUGAUGACCUGGAAAACUCCAUUAAUCAUGGAGAAAAUGCACUGGUUGCCACAUCUCAAGAUGACCCCCAACGAGCACUCCUAUAUAGCAACCUUGCAUCAAGACUCAGUAUGAAGUUCGAACGGACUGGAGACCUUGACAGCCUUCAGAAAUCCAUCAAAUACUCUGAGGAGGCGCUAAAUACUACACCUCACGAUCACCCCGGUCGAGCAGCGAGAAAAAGUAGUUUAGGGGGCAUGUUGGCCAGAAGGUUUAGGCGGACAGGAGAUAUAGAUGACCUUCUCAUAGCCAUCAAGCACAGCGAAGAGGCUCUGGCUGCUACACCUCAGGAUCACCCCGGACGAGCGACAGUGUGUAAUAAUCUGGGAGCAAAGUUCUUUAUAAGGUUUGAGAGGAUGGGAGGCCUUGGUGACCUCCAAAACGCCGUUAUGCACAGUGCAGAGGCCGUGGAUGCUGCACCCCUAGGUCACCCUGAGCUAGGAAGGAGACAUACUAACCUCGGACUCGGGUUCUCUCGGAAGUUUGAGCGGUCAGGAGAUCUUGAGGAUCUCCAGAAAGCUAUUACGGACGGAGAGCAGGCUUGAGCUGCUACACCUCAAGACCACCCCGGGCAAGCAUCCUUGUGCCUCCUUAUGGGUCAAUACUUAGAAUUAAGAUCCAAGAUUCUAAGCUGCAGAGAGGACACAAACGAAAGCCUUCGACAGUACCAGCAGGCUUGUGAUUGCCACACGUCACCCCCCAGGGAUCGGAUCAGCGCAGGCCGCAAAGCAGCUUCGAUACUAUUUUCAACCGGCCGGUUUCAUGAAUCGAGUACAUUGCUCGAGCGGGCGGUCGGCUUGAUGCCAAGUGUAAAUCUACGAUUAUUGAACCGAGACGAUCAGCAGCAUAUACUCUCGGAUCUUGAGGGGCUCUCGUCAGCCGCUGCGUCUAUGGCUCUUUGUGCUGGCAGGGAAGCCCACCACAGCCUUCAGCAUCUAGAGCUCGGUCGAGGAAUAAUUAUGGGAUUUACAAUCGACUCAAUAUCCGCAUUUUCGGAACUUGAAAUGGACCAUCAGUUUGAAUUCCACCAAUUCAAUCGCCUCCGCGCUGAGAUAGACUCGCCAAUAGAUGGAAUCAAUGGCUGCUGAAGCUUCGAGCGGCCCAAUCAAGCCCAAAAUCGUGUUGGAUCCAGGCGUUGGGAUGGGGUACAGGAGAUGGAUGUAAUUCUGGAUCGCAUCCCGACGUUCCCCGGAUAUUGCGGGUUCUGCUCCCACCACCUCCGGAGGAUCUGAUGAAACUAGCGGGGGGUGGCCCCCUUGUUGUCUUCAACUGCACUCCCUAUAGGAGCGACGCCAUAAUCGUAACCAACUCAGGGAUAACUUCCUUAGAACUUCGGAAAUUGAAAUAUGAAGAGACAAGCCGCUGGAUGACUCAAUUUGGUAGUUUCGGAGCAGGAGGAAGUUGGAUUAAACGACGUCAGGAUAACAGGAAAAUGAAAGACCUCCUGAUUUGGCUAUGGGAUGCCGCCGUUGGACCUGUUUUUGACGACCUUGAGCGCAGUGGGACCGUUAUCUAUGAUGGUGCUUCUGACACCAAUUUGAACCGGAUUUGGUGGAUUGGAAUAGGGCAACCAAGUAUGGCACCUUUCCAUGCUACUAGGGAUCAUGCGUUAGGAUCAACCCGUAACACUUUAAGUCGAGCCAUCUCCACCUAUAUACCAACAAUCAAAGCCCUCAGCUAUGCACGCCAAACACAGCCACCCCUAUCCGGCGGAUGUGCUACUCCUUUCUCAGCGGGGCCCUCCGAGGAGGCCCAAAUUCCCAAAACACGGAACCCCACCUUGCUAGUCGUUCCCAUGACAAAAACACCCGGCGCAUCAGAUCUACCUGGUAUCAGCAGUGAAAUUCAAUAUAUACAUGAUUCGGCCGCCACAAAUUCGGUCGAGACUAUGGUAUUGAGUAACCCAACCCCAGCCGACGUCCUCAAUCAGGUCGUGCAACACGGCAUUGUUCAUUUUGCCUGCCACGGGGUUUCCGAUAUCAACUCUUCGGACAGCCAUCCGGUCCUUCUCACCCCGGAUUGUAAUGAAGCCGGUAAACUAACGGUUCGAGAUAUAUCGAGUAUUGCGGCGAAAAGUGCACAGCUCGCCUAUCUUUCGGCCUGCUCCUCCGCCAAAAACCCUUCUUCUCAAUUGGCAGACGAAGUCAUACAUCUCCCGAGUGCCUUUCAGCUUGCCGGAUUCAGCCAUACCCUUGCUAACCUCUGGGAAACUGAUGACCAGGCCUCAAGUGAAGUUGCGAGAGACUUCGACAUCCUGCUUUUCCAACACAAAGAACACGGCGAUUGGCACCAACGGAUCCCCACAGCCUUUCACCAAGCUGUGAAGAAUUGCCGCGAG